GUCACCAUCGAGCCUUGACGCCCUGGGGUGCAGGGAAGCGACCGAACCUCAACGCAUACCUCGCUCAAGAUCUUCACCGUCAGGUUGAGCAGGACUCACAACAUUUCGCGCGACCAGAUGUAUGCGAGCAACACAGGUCAGACACUUGGCAGGCUCGGCAUGUCCCAUGACGAAAGCAUGCAGUCACGUACUAUCAGUCCAAGGGAGAGUACGAGCACUCUCGGUACUUUGCUCUUUGUAAUUCUCAAGCUUCACCUCCCAUCUGCUCCCUCACUGAAGGCUGAACUCACCAGGAUCCUUACUCCGGAAGAAAACUUCAUCAAAGGGUUGCACGUGGUAACUCACAGCUCUCUCUCCUUCGUUGCGAGCUCUUGACAUGUUGGUCAGGGUUUCCGUACUCUGCUCUGAUAGGCCAGCCGCUGAAGGGUAUCAGCGGUCUGUGUAGAGCGAAGUUGCUCCUACAUUAUCGUGACCAUGUUUGUGUUAAAAAUGUUUACAAUUC